AUGGUAUUCGCGAACUCAAGCACAGUCCUCUCGCUUCUACAAAUCGUCUCGACAUUCGUUCCUGGCCUUGGCGCCACCAAUACCGUCCUCACCAACAUCGACAGCCGUGGACCAGCCCAGCCGGGCGACUUCUUUCUACGAAUCCUGCCCCUUGGCGCGUCCAUCACCUUCGGCCAAAAAUCGUCCGACGGCAAUGGCUACCGCAAAGUACUUCGCAAGCAACUGCGCGACGAAGGCUGGGACGUGAACAUGGUCGGCAACAGCACCGCGGGUGACAUGAAGGAUAGCUCUAUGUCCGGCGUCCCUGGCUUCCGGAUCGAUCAGGUCCACGAUCUAGCUAUCGACUCCUUCCGGUUCCAGCCGAAUGUGGUGCUCUUGAAUGCUGGCACCAACGAUGCAAUGCAGGACUUCGAUACUGCCAAUGCGCCUGCGCGGAUGGAGGAGUUGCUGGACGACUUAUUCCUCAACGUCGAUGGGACGACAGUUGUGCUUUCCACGCUGACAAUCAGCACUACGUCGCAGAUGAAGAAGUUCCGGCCGGGGUACAACGAUGCGCUGAGAGAGAUGGUAUCGCGUCGGCAGGCGGACGGUGAUUCGAUCGUGUUGGCGGAGAUGGACGAUGAGAGGAUCACGCUCGACGAUAUGAAUGAAGAUGGCAUUCAUCCCAAGGAUUCCGGCUAUGCUGUGAUGGCGGAUAUCUGGUUCGGAGCGAUCAACGAGGCGGCUGAGCUUGGUAUGCUGCAGCAACCCAAACCUGGAGUGGAGGAUGUCAAUAAGGAUGAUUGA